AUGCCGCCCUUCUAUAUUCUCUGUUCUUUGCUCUGCCUUCUAGGCACCACCUCCGCUGCCAUUCUGCGUCUUGUCCCCAGCUUUGGUGACAACCCUGGUCGUGACCGAAUGUACAUCUAUGUCCCCGAUACUCUGCCCGACAACCCGGCGAUUGUGGUGGCUCUCCAUGGCUGUCUGGGCAGCGCCCCCAGCUACUACCGGCAAAACGAUAUUGCAGACGCGGCCGACAAGCACGGCUUCAUCACCAUCUACCCCGGCUCUACGCGCGACUCCAACUGCUGGGAUGUGAACACUGUGCCCUCGCUCACGCACAACGGUGGCAGCGACUCCCUUUCUAUCGUCAACAUGGUGAAGUACACGCUGGAUAAAUACUCUGGCGACGCGUCUCGCGUUUUUGUAACGGGAUCAUCCUCUGGCGCCAUGAUGACUCAAUCCCUGGUCGCUGCCUACCCGGAUAUCUUCUCCGCGGGGGCUGCCUUCUCAGGCCUGCCAUAUGGAUGUCUCAAGGGCUCGCCGGGCUCAAGUCCCUUCUCGUCGGAUCCAGCUUGUGCUGCCGGUGAGGUGAUCAAGACGGGCCAGGAAUGGGCUGCGCUGGUUGACCAGGCAUAUCCCGGUUGGAACGGGGAGUAUCCAAAACUGCAGGUCUGGCAUGGCACGGCGGACAAUGUGAUCUCGCAUCAGAGUCUGGUGGAGGAGCAGAAGCAGUGGUCGACAGUGUUUGGGGUCUCUCUGAGCAAGAAUGUGAGCAACACGCCGGAGACUGGCUACACGCAGUAUGUGUAUGGUGAUGGGGGACGGUUCGUGGCGUAUUCGGCUAAGGGGGUCGGACAUGUUGUGCCGACGCAUGUGGACUCGAUCUUGGAGUGGUUUGGGAUUAUCUGA